UUUGAGGGGUAACAAAUAUUCUAAAACAACUUUCCUCUUUUACACACUUUCUUCUCCAUCACGUCUGCUUUCUCACUCAAUCACGUUGUUUUCUCUGCUGUUCAAAUGUCAGCUCCACGCGCUGUCAAUUGGUCAAAGGGCAGUCCUGAAAGCAUCAUUUGUUCAGAACACAUGGCAUUCCUGUGCUUAAAUUAGCUUGUGCACUUUCACUGGGACGAAACCUGUCGAAACAACUGUUCCCAAGGCCCAGAACAAAGACGCAGGGAGAAAGUCCGAAGUGGUUCAUUUGAGAGCAGACAGAGACGCGAGCGCAACGCCAGAAAUCAGAAGCUGCCGAAAGCAUAAACACCUCAGAUGUUUUUGCAUUUAAUUGAAGCCAAGAACCUUUUUCUGGACAACAUCUGAAGACCAUCUUCGAUUUUGGAAUGUUCCGCUUGAAGGGAAGAUUCCAAAAACAUGCCGAUCUGCUACUUUUAAAUAUUUACACUACGUUUAAAAGGUAAGCGCUUCUGUUUUGUGUUGUUGUGCUGCCUCACCCUGACCGAAAGGGUCACCCAGGGGUCUCCUGCCGUCUCCACCGCCCCGCUCUUAUCGCCAGGCUCCUCUGUUCUCAGUCAGAGAGGAAGUUUUGACAGCCAGACUUUACAACCUCCUCUCCCCCCUGCCUGCGCUUUGCACAUGCUCUGACAGAAACUCCGGUCCGGUGACUUCAUCCCUCAUUCACGAAAGCUUCCCCUCCUCCUCCUUCCCUCUCUCUCUCUCUCUCUCCGGCAGCAUGCCAGCCGUUUUCCUCUUGCUGCGCUCUCUGGUUGUCAGUCUCUUCAGUAGCAGAUUAGCAGGCUCUGCCGCGCAGCUCCUUCGCAGAAGCCUGACGGCGGCUGCUGGGCACCUCGGCACCGUGCUGCGCCACGUCUGGGAGCGGAUCAGUUCCCAGGAGUCCAAGGAGGCCAUCCUGGGCUGCGUCUUGUGCAUUCUCAACAUGCACAAAAAGGUGGACAACUAAAUUCGAGAAGAACGAGUAUAGCUAGGACUUUUUAAUUUGUGAUUUAGAA